GCGCGCGCACACACACCCUUCAGUCAGAGAGGGACGAAGGAAGGUUUCUGUUCUGGCUUGGCCGAUCGCAAGCAUCUGCAGUUUGUGAUGGGACACCAUCCUGGCCGUGUGUGAGGAGAGCCGCGUUUUUAUCUGCGUCGCCUGCAGAUUCUCCUGCAUUGCCCCGCUCUCCGGCGGAGCUCGGACCGGGAGCGUCCGCUGUUUACUCCCCUUUCCCCACUGCUUAAGGUGACUGGGGUGACAGCCGGCCAGGCAGAGCCGAGUCCCGUCCCCCCGCUCUGCUUUUGGGGACCUAGUGAGGACCAGGGAAGGAUGUGAGGGUCCAGCAGACCUUGCGGCGAGGUGCUCUCCUCGGGUACGGCCAGGGGAUGGACCCAGCCUCCCCUCAUGAGCCCCAGGACAUGGAGGGCUAUUACAGCCUUCUGCAAGCCGGCUCUGAGCUGGAGAGCACGCUACAGCAGGUGACUGUCCCUGUGAGUAUGAAAGAGGUGGCCGGCUAUAUCGAGAAGCAAGUGGCUUAUUUGUCAGGGGGCCGUGGUGCGGAAUCCAGUGUCAUCAUCACUCUGCCGGAAUGCUCGGAUUUCAGCGACAUCCCAGAGGAGGUUCUGGCUAAGGUCCUCACGUACCUCACGUUGAUCCCACGAGCACGGCAACCUGGUGUAAAAUUUAUCAUCAUUUUAGACCGAAGACUGGAUACUUGGACCUCCAUCAAAACAGCACUUGCAAGAAUUGCGGCCUCUUUUCCAGGGAACCUUCACCUGGUGCUGGUCUUGAGACCAACCAGCUUCUUCCAGCGCACCGUCACCGACCUCGGCUUCCGCUUCAGCCAGGACGAUUUUAUGCUCAAAAUGCCGGUAGUAAUGCUAAGCUCUGUCACUGACCUGCUACGCUACAUCAGUGAGAAUCAGCUGACCACUGAGUUCGGGGGCACCCUGGACUACUGCCACAGUGACUGGAUCGUCCUUAGAACGGCCAUCGAGAGCUUUGCAGUGAUGGUGAAGGACAUUGCGCAAAUGCUGCAGGCGUUUGGCACGGAGCUGGCCGAGACGCAGCUGCCGGAGAAGAACAGCGCCGUGGAGCUCUUGCUCCUGGCCCACACUGAGAAGUACAGGAGACUGAAGGAUGCCAUCAACUCAGUGAUGAGGGAGGGCCGGCACCUGCUCUCCAGCCUGGAGGCUUCUGGGAAGGAGGAAGACCAACACGUGCACUGGGACAUAACACAGGACUGGGACACCGUGCAGAGGUUGAUCGCCCAGCUGAGGGACAUGGAGAUGGCUUUCGACGGCUUCUUCGACAAGCACCACCUCAAGCUGCAGCAGUACCUGCAGCUGCUGAGAUACGAGCGAAGCUUCCACGAGGCGACGAGCGCAUUGGAGAAGCUGGCCAGCCUGGAGAGGAAGGUGGUCGCCACCGGAGACACGCUGGGCCUGAUCGGGCAGGCCAGCAGGGAGCUGGACGUCCUGGAGGACCGAGCCCUGGAGGAACUGGGUCGUGCGCAGGUGAUGAUACUGCAAGGGCACCAGCUGGCGGCUGGACACCACUACGCCUCGGCGCUGGUGGUGCAGCGGUGUAACGAGCUCCGGUACCACUGCGACACUCUGACCUCGGCGAUCAGGGCUAAACGCAAGACCCUCGCACAGAUGCAGACCUUACUGCAGCUCCUGGAGGAGGCCCAGCAGUGGUGUGAUGAGGGCACUUACCUUUUGGCCAAUCAGCUGGUAGAUAAAUUACACUCUAAAGAAGUGGCUCAGGCAGCGCUGAGAGAUAUCCAAAAGUUCCAGGAGGGGGCGCCAGUGCUCCUCAGUGCUGGCCCAGACGAGCUCAUUGUGGAAUAUGAGUCUGUGCUCACUUCUCACCUACAGACUCACAUUGAGAAGACGUUCGAGAAACACGGCUCGGUGCAGAAGCUGAUCCAGGCUCGGCAGAGCUGCCUGAAGAAACUAGCAGACAAACACAAGAGGCCGGUCCGGACGGUGGCCCCCCGAGCGGACCACCCGCCCCCCGCCAAGUCCCCGGUCUUCUCCCCGAGACACGAUUUCAAUUCCAGUUUGAAAUUCACCUUUGACCUCUCACUACCAGGCAAAAGGGCGUCACGGAAAAGCCUUACAUCCCGGAAGAUCGAGGUGAUGCACGAGUACCAGAACCACAGCUCCCUCUUCUCUGCUGUAGACGGGGAGGACAGUGCAGAGCUCCUGAAGCGGCGUGUAAUGAAGGAGCUAAUUGAGACUGAGAGAACAUACGUGGAGGAGCUCCUGGCUGUGUUGCUGGGUUAUAGGGCGGAAAUGGACAACCCCUCCCUCUCGCCUCUCCUGCCCAUCAGCUUACGCAACAAGAGGGACAUUCUGUUUGGAAACAUGCCUGAUAUCUACAAUUUUCACAGCAGGGUCUUCCUACAGGAUCUGGAAAGCUGUUUGGACACACCGGAGGCUGUGGGUGCACGCUUUCUAGCCAGGAAAGAGAACUUCCAGGUAUAUGAAUGUUACUGUCAGAAUAAGCCACGCUCCGAGUCUUUAUGGGGACAGUUUUCUGACUGUGCCUUUUUCCAGGAGUGCCAAAGGAGACUGGAGCACAAACUGGCUCUGGAUUCGUACCUGCUGAAACCGGUGCAGCGCCUUACCAAGUACCAGCUCUUACUGAAGGAACUGCUGAAGUACAGCUCAGGCUGUGAGAGGGUCUCUGAACUGCAGGGGGCGCUCUCUGCCAUGCUGGACCUGCUAAAAUCCGUUAAUGACUCCAUGCACCAGAUCGCCAUCACAGGAUAUGAGGGCGACCUGAGCGAGCUGGGACGUGUUCUGAUGCAGGGCUCGUUCAGCGUGUCUAUCAGCCAUAAGAGGGGCACCACGCGAGUGAAGGAGCUGGCGCGCUUCAAGCCCAUGCAGAGGCACCUGUUCCUGCACGAGCACGCGCUCCUCUUCUGCAAGCGGCGAGAGGAGCACGGCGAGCACGCCGACAAAACCCCCUCCUACAGCUUCAAGCACUGUCUGAAGAUGAGCGCGGUGGGCAUCACGGAGAACGUGAAGGGAGACGUGAAGAAGUUUGAGAUCUGGUACAGUGGCCGAGAGGAGGUGUAUGUGGUGCAGGCACCAACAGUGGAGGUGAAACGUGCCUGGUUGAAUGAGAUCCGAAAGGUCCUCACCAACCAGCAGAAACUCCUCAAAGAGGAAUUGCGUCAGUCCAGCUCACUGGCCGACCAGAUGCAGCUGUCUCCGCCCUUAACCCUCUCUGAGAGCAAGCUGCAGAGAGCGUCGGUCAGCUCGGAGGGGACCGAGUCGGCCUGCGGCAGUCCGGAUCGGUGCAGGCGCUCUCCACGACAUCGCCGCAACAGGCGCAGCUGGCCAGGUGCUCCUCACUCUGUUGAUAUUUGUAAGGGUCUGGAGGAUUGGAACAGAGCAAACAGGUUCUCCUACCUGUCUGAUACAGAGGGGGAGAUCGCUGCUCAUUUGGCCCCAGGCAGGUACAAGGCCUCAGCCGACUACCUCACACAUGAGCCGGAUGACCUCAUCAUUAAGGGCGGUGAUGUCAUACAGCUGCAGCUGGAGAACGAUGGCCGAUGGCUGGUGCAGAACCUGAGCCGGAAACAGGAGGGCAGGAUCCCCGCUGCCAGGCUGCAGGUCAUUCUGGGAGACGGCAGCAGAGGGCGUUCUAGCCAGCAGGGAGAGCCAGUGAGUCAGAAAACGCGCAAGCUCAGCUCUCCGUAGAGGACCUCUCUCCCAGAGGCUGUCGCUCCCAGCGCUUGGUCACCCGUCCGGCCAGCUAACCAUAAUGUCUGAGCGUUAUGGCUGAUCCACCAUGCUGCCGCGCCAGCCCUGUAACGUCUCAACGUGACGGCCUAUCGCCCGCCAGGCCCGCCGUAGCACCCAAACGUCACGGCUUCGCUCUGUUUUCCGUUCUCCAAACCCAGACUGUUUCCAGGGAGUGUCUCCAGGAGUCUUCCGACAUCAGAGACUGACAAAAAGACUGAAGCAUAAUAGACCUUUCCAGCAUUCGGUCAGUGCCGCCCCUCCGGAGCCGUCUCCCAGCUGUGGACGCUCUGAGCUGUGACCCGGCAGAUGUUUGCCCAGAUGCACCCGGCCUUCUUCUUUUGGCACGCACGCAGAUGCCCUGUGGACCUUUUCUGUGAUUGCUGUUGAGAGAGGCUUGGGUGUUCAGGCCGGACUGUGGCCUCCCUCCUGUAAAACUGCGUGCGUUUUGAGGUGCGUUUGGUCCUCAACUUCUCCUGUCCUGCUUUGGCCCUUCUCUGUCUCAGAGCCUCCCUCUGUACUUCAUAUACUAGCUUUUCUCCUUCAUUUUAUUAACAACGUGUGAGAGUGCUACUAUAGCUUUCCUGACCUCAGACAUUAUUUUAAAAGCACUUUAAACCAACUGUAAGUUUGUGGGGGGGGGGGACGCACUUUUUUGACUUACUGAAGUUGGUUGUUUUAAAAACAGCUGAAGAUGCCGGUGGGCUGAGUUGUCACGGCUGGGUCUUAAUCUCCGUGACGACAGUUUCUUUUGUGACGCAGACGAUGGUGAAGUCAUGAGUUAUUCUGCAGGUUGAAUUGCGCACACAGGGGCAUGCGGUCAGCUCACUCGGUGUUUCGCAUGCAUGGCGUUGUGUGCACCCAGCCAAUCAAAGUUAAUCAAGGUUUCCUAUCUGAAGAGAUCAUACCUCAAACAUGAAAUGUACCCACAGUGUCAAGCACUUAAUUAAAUAUUGACUGCAGACUUAUAUGAAUUUAGCACAUCAAAUCAGGCUCCCAGUUGGAGGGCUGCCUUUGAUAUCCCAGCCUUUGAAGUGGAAAUGAGUUCCGCGAGGCAACGGAGCAUCUCCAAUGUACACAUAUCUUAUGGUAGUUAUUUAUUUAUUUUGCUAUCAAGUUGUUCCCUCACGGCACAGAACGCUGCACCAGAUUGUCGAAGGCACGUCUCCGUAAUUCCCCAAAUCAUUUCGUAAUACCUCAACGUUAUUCCCAUAUUUAUAUGCCUAAGGAGCACUAAAUUAUGUCAAUAAAUUAGUCAUGAUCUAUGGGGGAGGGGAUAUUUAUGCACAUUGACUUUAUUGUGAAUGUGAAUGUCAUUAUAUGAUAUUGUUUUUUACAGUCCACUGGUAAUUGUGUUUACAUAAAUAAAUUGUUUUCUAGACAUUGAU